AUGGCGCCCGGCGCCUGGACCGUCACCGGGAUCCGCGCGGCGGUCGCCGGCGGCGACCUUUCGGCGCGCGAGGUGUGCGCGCACUACCUCGACCGCAUCGCCGCCACCGACGGGCGGCUGCACGCCUUCACCACCGUCCUGCGCGAGGCGGCGCUCGCGCGCGCCGAUGAAGUGGACGCGCGGCGGGCGUCGUGGCGCGACCGGCCGCUGCUGGGCGUGCCGAUCGCGGUCAAGGACGUCAUCUGCACGCGCGGCGUGCCGACCACCGCCGGCUCGCGCAUACUGGCCGGGUACCGCCCGCCGUACGACGCCACGGUGGUCAGCCGCCUGCUCGACGCCGGCGCGGUGAUCGUCGGCAAGACGAACUGCGACGAGUUCGCCAUGGGCUCCUCCACGGAGCAUUCGGCGUAUGGCCCGACGCGCAACCCGUGGGCGCUCGACCGGAUUCCGGGCGGCUCGAGCGGCGGCGCCGCGGCUGCGGUGGCGGCGGGGCAGGCCCCGGCAUCGAUCGGCACCGAUACCGGCGGGUCCAUCCGCCAGCCGGCCGCGCUGUGCGGCGUCGUCGGCCUGAAGCCGACCUAUGGCCGCGUGUCGCGCUACGGACUGCUCGCCUUCGCCUCGUCGCUCGAUCAGAUUGGACCGCUGACGUGGACCGUCGCGGAUGCGGCCGCCGUGCUCCAGGUGCUGGCGGGGCCGGACCCGCGUGACGCCACCGCGUCGACGGAGCCGCCGCCCGACCUGUCGCGACUGUUUCCGGGCAACGUCAGGGGUACGCGCAUCGGCGUCCCGCGGGUGGCGCUCGCGGACGGCGUGGACCCCGAGGUGCUGGACGCCUUCGGCGCGGCGCUGGCGAUGCUGUCCGAUCGCGGGGCCGAGGUAUGCGACGUCGACCUGCCGCACAUGCAGUACGCCGUGCCGGUGUACUACCUGGUGGCGCCGGCGGAGGCGAGCUCGAACCUCGCGCGCUACGACGGCGUGCGCUACGGGCACCGCGCCAAGCUCGACGGCGCCGCGGCCGGUGUCUCGGAGAUGUACGCGCGGACGCGCAGCGAGGGGUUCGGGGCGGAAGUGAAGCGUCGCAUCAUGCUCGGCACCUACGCCCUCAGCGCCGGCUACUACGACGCGUACUACGUGCACGCGCAGCGUGUGCGCAGCCUGAUCCGCAACGACUUCGAUCGCGCCUUCGCCGCCGUGGACGCGGUCGCCAUGCCCACCACGCCAACGCCCGCCUUCCGCAUUGGCGAGCGCAUCGACGACCCGCUCGCGAUGUACCUGGGCGACGUGUUCACGGUGAGCGCGAACCUGACCGGGCUGCCUGCCAUCAGCCUGCCGGCCGGAUUGACGCAGGCGCGCCUGCCGAUUGGAUUCCAGCUGGUCGGGCGCCCGUUCGACGAGGCUACCCUGCUGCGGAUCGGGGACGCGCUGGAGAGGGACGCUCCCUGGAGCGACGAACGCCCGCCGGCCUUCGCGUGA